CGCUCCUCCUGUGCUGAUGUUGCUUGUGCUGCGGGAGGGAAGGAUCUAACGUCGGGCACCCGGAGCAGCGCUGCCCCCUGUCCUGCUGCACAGCGCCCGGACCCCGAGACAGCAGCUAUAAGAGCCGCAGGUUUUUCUGUGUAUUGGUCACGGAGAGCGGUUGGAGGAUUACAGCGCUGGGUUCACCUGAGCAAAGCAUGCGACCAGAGGAUGCCUAAGGCUGGAGGGGGUAGCAGGUUAUCCCCUUGCCGAGGGAUUUCGGUGGGAAUGAUCACUGUGUGGGGCACACUCUGCUUUUUCCUGGUGACGGUGAGCGGAGUGCCAGCUGCCAGGCUGCCCAUUGCGGAGCCAGAGGAGGACGCUGCUGCAGAGAAAAAAGCAUCAGAUUACCACACCGGAGAGCCAACCCCUCUUGAUGAGCUUAUGUUUGGGAUUGGAGACACCAUAGAGUUGUCUUGUAGCGUGGAUAGCCCUCCUAUGCAGAUGUUAUGGUUGAAAGACGGGAUUGCGGUUAGGGCCAAUAACCGGACACACACGAGACAGAACCUGCUGAAGAUCACAAACGUUUCAUAUGACGACUCUGGGAUUUAUAGUUGUACAUUGUGGCAUUCUACUGAGAUUCUCCGGAACUUCACCAUCAGAGUAGCUGACAUGCCUUCAUCCGGGGAUGACGAGGAUGAUGACGACGAAGUCGAGGAGAAAGAACCCCCGUACUGGACACAGCCAGAGAAAAUGGAGAAGAAGCUCCAAGCAGUACCAGCCGCUAGCACUGUCCGGUUCCGCUGUCCUGCUGCAGGCAAGCCGCAACCCAGCAUCUACUGGCUGAAGAAUGGAAAAGAAUUCAGAGGGGAGCAUCGAAUUGGGGGCAUCAAGCUCCGUCACCUGCAGUGGAGCCUGGUCAUGGAGAGUGUAGUCCCAUCAGACAAAGGCAACUAUACUUGUGUGGUGGAAAACAAGUAUGGAACAGUUAUAAAAACCUUCCAGUUGGAUGUGCUAGAGAGAUCUUCUCACCGCCCCAUACUUCAAGCAGGGCUACCUGCCAAUAAAACGGUCGUGGUUGGGAGUGACGUCGAGUUUCAUUGCAAGGUUUACAGCGAUGCUCAGCCACACAUCCAAUGGCUGAAGCAUGUGGAGAUUAAUGGCAGCAAAUACGGACAGUACGGAGACCCCUACGUAUCUAUUCUAAAGACAUGGAUAAGCAAUUUAUCAGAAGCCGAUGUUAGCCUGUUUCUGUACAAUGUGACAGCAAACGAUGAAGGAGAAUAUUUGUGUAGAGCUAACAAUUCGGUAGGCGUAGCUGAAGCAGCAUUUUGGCUCAACAUUUAUGAACCAACAGCAGGUGAACCACCAGCAGAGCCGGUUGUGAAAGUGGAGGCCACCUCCUCCAGCUCAGUCAGUGUCCUUAUUGUGGUUUCUGCUACUAUCGUCUUCUUCUUGGUGAUCAUCAUCAUUAUUGUCACCUACCGAAUGAAAGCCCCUUCCAAGAAGACAAUGAACACGCCAACUGUGCAAAAGGUCUCUAAAUUUCCACUGAAGCGACAGCAGGUGUCUCUGGAGUCCAAUUCUUCAAUGAAUUCCAACACCCCCCUGGUGAGAAUUACCCACUUGUCCUCCACGGAUGGGACGAUGUUGGCCAAUGUUUCGGAGCUCGGGCUGCCAGCUGACCCAAAGUGGGAAUUGCCAAGAACUCGGUUGACCUUAGGGAAGCCCUUGGGUGAAGGAUGCUUUGGUCAAGUGGUGAUGGCUGAAGCGAUCGGUAUUGAUAAGGAUAAGCCAAACAAAGCCUCAACCGUAGCCGUGAAAAUGUUGAAAGAUGAUGCCACUGAUAAAGACCUCUCGGACCUAGUCUCUGAAAUGGAAAUGAUGAAGAUGAUCGGAAAGCAUAAAAAUAUUAUUAAUCUCCUGGGUGCCUGCACACAAGAUGGUCCCCUCUAUGUCUUGGUGGAAUAUGCAUCAAAAGGGAACCUUAGGGAGUAUUUAAGGGCUCGUCGUCCCCCCGGAAUGGACUAUUCAUUUGACACCUGCAAGAUCCCAGCCGAGCAGCUGACUUUCAAGGAUUUGGUCUCUUGUGCUUACCAGGUCGCCCGCGGGAUGGAAUAUCUGGCCUCUCAAAAAUGCAUCCACAGAGACCUGGCAGCCAGGAAUGUGCUGGUCACAGAUGAUAAUGUGAUGAAAAUUGCAGAUUUUGGGCUGGCCAGAGACAUUCACAACAUUGACUACUACAAGAAGACCACAAAUGGUCGGCUGCCUGUGAAAUGGAUGGCUCCGGAAGCAUUGUUUGACCGUGUCUACACGCACCAGAGCGAUGUAUGGUCAUUCGGAGUGCUGCUCUGGGAGAUCUUUACACUGGGGGGUUCUCCGUACCCUGGGAUCCCAGUAGAAGAACUAUUUAAACUCUUAAAAGAAGGUCACCGGAUGGACAAGCCGGCCAAUUGCACCCACGAGCUGUACAUGAUAAUGAGAGAGUGCUGGCAUGCUGUCCCAUCACAGAGGCCGACCUUCAAGCAGCUCGUUGAAGACUUAGACCGAGCGCUUACUCUAACAUCUACUGAUGAGUACCUUGACCUCUCUGUGCCAUUUGAACAGUAUUCACCAGCGUGCCAGGACAGUCACAGCACUUGUUCGUCAGGGGAUGAUUCAGUCUUUGCACAUGACAGUCUUCCAGAGGAACUGUGUCUUCCCAAGCACCAGCAUUACAACGGAAUCAUCAGAACAUAACUUUCAGCUGGAAACACACACGGGUGGAAGGUAGACUAGAGGCAUAUGGACAGGACUUCCGGUCGUUUUUUGAGCCGUACAAAUUACUUGCUGUAUAUGAAGUCAAGAAGCACUGUUUGGCCUGAAGGAACUUAUCACGUGCCAAGUAACAGAGAACAAAAAAAAAAAAUUAUAUUAAAGAUAUAUAUAUAUAUUUGAAAACUGAGAAUGUUAACGCUAGGGAUCAUCGUACUGUGACCUCUAGUGAUCCACUGAUGAGCAACCAAUCUGUGCCUGCAAUGCUAGGAGAAAAUCCAAUGCGUGAGAGAACACGUCUGUAAAAAUUGUAAACUCUGAUUUUUUUUUUUAUGAUUUUUUUUUAUUUUUUUUUUUAAAUGCAAUCUGACUUAUUUUUAUGUUAUUAUUUUUUAGUAGAUCUCAAAUGCUCAUCUGCUUGCAGGGAACAAGGUUACCUUCAAAAAUGUACUCUUAAAUUAUAUUUUUUGCAAAAAUAUGAUCUGAAACAUAGACUAUGAAAGGCCGCUUGUUGCUGUGGUGGCUACAUGCAGCACUAGGGAUCUCCUUAUUCGUCACCCCAGCACUUCCUGUGGAGCACCAGGCACAUGUAGUGGUGAAGGAUCCAAAUGGCUGUGCGAUGCUAAAAAAUUUGUUUCAUUUGAAAGCGCCUCUAAUACUGAUAGGACACUUUGUUGUGUACGGGAUUUGGGCUAAAUGUCUAGUUUGCAUUAUUUUACUAUUUAUUGGUGGGAAAAAGAAGAUUUUCGGUCGCAAACUAAUACAAUUUAGCUAAAAAUAUCAAACCCUAAUCUUUGCGUUAAUUUGCUGUAGCUGGUAGACUAUUAGACAUCAUAUUUAGUUGACGUAGAGUUUUGCCAUUGUGGUGUGGAUUUUGUAUUAAAAGAGAAUGAUCACUACUUAAUUAGUUAUUUGUUAUGGGCAUACAGAUUUAUUAACACUAAGAUGAUACUGUUGCUAUUAGAGACGUAUCUCAAAGGAUAAACGUAUUAGUUUAGUGCAGAGGUGGUGCUAGGUGCUUUGCUCAUAUGAGACCUCUACUUAAACCAAGAUUAAACAACCAGAGGCUCUUUAGCUCUUGUUGAGGGUAAGCGGAGGCUUGGGUUUAUUUUUAUUUAUUUUUUCUACAACAGAUAAUUAGUGUUAGCAGCUCUACAUUUAGACUGGACAUAACAUACUUCACAAAAAAUAUGGGGUAUUUAAGUUACGCGUUUCGCUUUUCAGAAUAAUACAGUUUUACAUCGCACUUAAAUGUCUCUCUCUCUCUCUCUAUAUAUAUAUAUAUAUAUAUAUAUAUAUAUAUAAUUUUUUUAAUUUUUUUUAUAUAUAUAUAUAUAUACACACUUACUUGCAUGCAUGCAUACAUACAUACAUACAUACAUACUUACAUACAUACAUACAUUAAAUAUAUAUAUUUUAAAAAAAAGUGCAGGAUUGUAUAAAGAAUAAAAGAGAAAUAAUCCUGGCAAUUUUUUUUUAGAGUAUUGUGUCCGUGUGUAGAUUGCUGUCAGAAGGACGCCUUGAAUGCCGGCUAUCUUCCUAGCUGUAAUAGUGCAGGUCUUCAUAGCACCUGCGUGACACCAACUUUUAAAAACAUUGAUCUGGUGAAAUAUAUAAUUUUAUAUGGUCACAGUUUUGUUUUAAAAAUUGUUAUUUUUUUUUUUUUAACUUGUAUAUUUGUAAAGUUAUUUAUAGACUUUAUUAACCUAUAUGAUCUUUUGCUUACAUAGUUGUAGCUUUAUUAUAAACACCAUACUUCACAGAUUUUAAAUUUAACUUAUUAACAGUCCAGAGAAAAUAUAUUCUGCUUUAAAUACUUUGUUUUAUUUUUGUGUUUUUGUUUUUUUUUCCGUUUUUUUUUGGGGGGUGGAAUAUGCGUUUUAUUAAAUUACCUGAAAGUGUAAAAAAAUGUAUAGUCCUUUUAAUUAGCUGCAUUAUAUGAUUGUAUGUAUAUGUAUAUAUUUGCUGUUUUGUAGAGAAGGGCAGUGCAGCAUUGAAAAGGAAAUUAUCUACAACAGCUUUCAAGAGAGUACCCUAAUUUAUAUUGAUCUAAUCUAUAUCUUCAUUUACUGCGUGAAAAAUGGUCCCCUUUUUUAUUGUUAAAGGUGGAGUUGCAUGGGGAAGUAAUAAUCAAAGAACUAAAACCGCACAAGACAUUCCUAUAAAAAUUUCUGAAUAUUCUUCUAUUUCUGCACAAAUGUAUAAUUAGUAUUAAAGUGCUCGUUUUUCUUGACUAACAUCUCAAGGUAAUGAAAAUUGCAUCAAUGCUGGUAAUACAGUAUUUAUUUAGUUCCAAAUUGCAAUGAAAAAAUAAUAAUUCUACUAUCUUGCAAUAAACACAUUUUCUAAAUUGGAUAAUAAAAUAGUUUUGUUAAAAUUUGUUUAAAAUAUGGUUAUUAUCUUGUUUCAUGCCUUCAAUGUGAAUGUAUUUUUUGUCUUCUAUAGACAGCCAAAAAGCCUAUAUAUAGUUUUAUUUUUUAUUUUUUUGCACCAUUGGAUGACUUAAUUGGCUGGGUACACAAAACAGAUGUACAUUUUGAAUUUUUGUUUUCUGUCUGCUUUUUAUAAAUCUAAAAAAUGUAUACUUCCAGUGCCUGUCCGAUAAUUUUAUUUCAUUUUUAGUGGCAUGCUUUGAAUUUGCCAGUGUGCAAAACAAUUAGUUUGGAACACAGAUGGCAUGUGAGUGAAUUAAGCACCAUUUUGAGCUAUUAUAUUUUGAAGCUGAAUUUACAUUAAGUGCCAUUGUUUCAGAAAUAAAUUGUAGGCAGGUACAAUGUUUAGUUUUCUUUUUCUGUAAUACAGAGCACUCGAAAAGUAAGACUUUGCAAUGUUCGUUCAGGUUGUCCUCCAUACCUUUUUAAAAAUAAUAUUAAAUACGUUUUUUUGGUUGUUUUUUUGUUUUUAUAAUUUAAGAGAGGUAUUUUCUUACAAAUGUCUGCUAAUUGUGUACAUUCCGGGUACCUAACACAUCCUUUCUUAUUCCAGUAAUGAAAUGGAAAAAAAAAUAAUGUACAAGAUUGUGCAUGGAUCGAAAUGUCACUAGAUAUUAUAAAUUUAUAAAUAUAUAUAAAUAUAAUUUAUUGAGUUUUUACAAGAUGUAUCGGUUGUAGACUUUGAAUUAACAUUUUUCUUAUUGAAUGCUUAUAUAGUUUUAUAGAAAGAACUAUCUUUACAAGCUAAGUGAAGCUGACUUUUUCUUACAUUUUAUACUGAAUAAAUUUGCAUUCCGCAGGUUUUCAUGCAGUAGCUGGAUUAUGUUAGAAAAACUGGUUUGGUUUUAUUUGAUGAAAUUAUAUCUGGCUUGUGCUGCUAGUGUGGAGUUGUAAGACACUAAACCAAGUUCCAUUCUGCUUUUUUUGUUAACUUGGCAAGCAUACCUUUUACCAAAACAAUAAAGAUAAACAUGACUUGUUAA